AAAUGCAGUGCCUCGCGGCCUGAUCGGUCUUUUACCUCUCCCGUGCUGUUAGGGCGGCAGGCCUUCUCUCUGUCUCUGGAAGAUUUAACACCGAAACAGCAAAAUGAUCAUCUACAGGUGCAUCAUCAGCGGUGAUGAGAUGUUCUCAGACGCCUUCAAAGUCAAAGAAUCUGAAAGCGGUUUCUUCUACGAAGUUGAAGGAAAGACCGUCACCAGGACAGAAGGGUUUGAUGAUUCUUUAUUUGGUGCCAACGCCUCUGCCGAAGAGUUGCCCGAGCUCAGUGAGUCAUCCUCUGUUAGCGGAGUGGACAUUAUCCUCAACCACAAACUGCAGGAGACGGCCUUUGACAAGAAGCAGUACAUGACCUACAUUAAGGAAUACAUGAAGGCGCUUAAGGGCAAGCUGGAAGAGUCCAAUCCAGAUAGAGUGGAGGCCUUCAUGGCUGGCAUCACAGCAGAAGUUAAGAAGAUCGUGGGAAACAUCAAGAACUACCAGUUUUUCACAGGGGAGUCCAUGAACCCAGAUGGCAUGGUGGGACUACUGGAUUACCGUGAGGAUGGCAUCACACCAUACAUGCUUUUCUUCAAAGACGGUCUGCUGGUUGAGAAAUGUUAACUACCUGGAACUACAUCUACUUUUCAACUGGCUGCUGCUUCCCGAAUGGCCCCAAGAGCCGACUGCAGAGCACUAUUUUGCAUCAUGCCUGAACAAAAACAUUCUUGUACAAUUUCUUAAAUAUUCACAUUAUGGUCCACAGUACCCCCAAGACUGGGUGAAUCAAACAUGACUGGUCACUGAAUACAGUUUUUAACUUUUUCUUUUUGGCUUUCGCAGUGUCUGAUUUUUGUCCCAGGAUUGGCCCUUUUUUUGUGACAGAAAAUAAAAGGCCGGACAGUAAGCAAAGCUCUGACUCUGGCUGAAAGAAGACGAUUUUUCUUCUGUCUGCGUACUGUUUUAGCAAUGAUCCAUACAGGUUGAACUCCUCAGACCUCUGUGUUCAUGGUUGUAUUAAAUAAGAUUCCAUCUACUGAAUUUGAAAAUAAAAUCUAGUACCACCACUUUCA